CACGAUGACGUGACGGCACGCAUACGGCAUUGUACGUGCACACUAGCCAUGGAGAAUAGCGUCGGAAGGGAAGUUCGACAGCGUAGUAUUGGGAUCGAAAAUCCCCCAAAUGCUGCCAAAAAUGGCCUCCAUAACGGUUCAAAAAUCAAAAAGUUGCCGUCCCGCUACCUCUCAGAGGAAAUUUUUGGCUUCAUUUUGCUCUACCUGGGUUUGCUUUUUCUUGUGGCGUCCUGGAGUUACCACCGGCUCCCGGCUCCGAAGACUGUGGCCGAGCACGGAGGCACGGGGGAGUUUGUGGAGGAGCGCGCCCGGGCGCAUAUCGCCCAGAUCACCAGUCUGGGACCCCGUCCAGGUGGAUCGAGAGCAAACGAGAUCCACUGCGUCGCGUACCUUAUGAAGGUUUUGACAGAGGUCAAGAAAAUGGCCGUUCCAGGGGUCCAUGAGGUCGAGAUCGAUAUAUCCCACCCGGAGGGGUCGUUCACCAUGGACAUUUGGGGUGGUUUUUCGCCCUACUACAAGAAAAUAACUAACAUCGUGGUCCGCCUGAGUCCGGCGAAGGAAGUGGUUAGGCAAGGCGAAGGGGCCCACGAUCACAGUCUGCUGUUAAACUGCCAUUUUGACACAGUAGAGGGGAGCCCUGGGGCCAGUGAUGAUGCAGCUAGCUGCGGUGUCAUGCUGGAGAUACUACAGAACCUGGCCACCUCCCCGUACUCUCUGCGGCACGACAUCAUCUUCCUCUUCAAUGGUGCAGAGGAGAAUGUCUUGCAGGCCAGCCAUGGCUUCAUUACGCAACACCCCUGGCGGAAGAAUAUCAAGGCCUUUAUCAAUCUGGACGCAGCCGGAGCUGGUGGCAGGGAGCUCGUCUUCCAGACAGGACCCGACCAUCCAUGGCUGCUGAGGGCCUAUGCGCAGCAUGCUGUGCACCCCUUUGCCACUGUCAUCGGACAGGAUGUCUUCCAGGCUGAGCUGAUCCCCUCUGACACUGACUUCAGGAUCUUCCGGGACUUUGGUAACAUCCCAGGUGUUGAUAUAGCUUAUGUGAGCAACGGCUAUGUCUACCACACCAAGUACGAUAACCUGGACUCCAUCCCUCCAGGCUGCAUACAGCGAUCUGGGGACAACAUCCAAGCCCUGGCCACACACCUGGCCAACUCCUCCACCUUGCACAACGGCAUCGAGCAGGACCGUCACGGAAAAAUGGUCUUCUUUGACCUGCUGGGCCUGGUCAUGGUGGCCUACCCAGCCAGGGUGGGCGUAAUCCUCAACUCGGUGGUGGUGGGGGCGGUGUUUCUCAGCACGUUGUGCCGGCGCCGGCAAGAUUUUCCCAGUCACCAGAUGUACGUGUCUAAGGUGCUUCGCGCUGUGGGUGUCAUCUUCGUGUCCUACCUGGCCAUCCUGCUCACCAUAGUCUUUGUUAUCCUCCUACUCACCCUCACCAAGUCCGAGAUGUCCUGGUAUGCCAAUCCAGCCCUCAUCGGCGGCCUGUACUGGGCCCCCAGCUUCUACAUCAUCACAGUGGUGCACCGGUGGCUGGGCGGCAAGCUGCAUACGGUGGACAGCAAGGCCAACCCUUGGAUUCUGGAGGGUGUGUUCUUUGAUGCCAACCUCCUGAUGUGGUCGAUGGUGAUUGCUGUGCUAACGCUGAAGGGGAUCGGCUCGGCUUAUAUGCCCAUGCUGAGCGUCAUGUUUGCCCUGCUGGGGCGCAACAUCAUGUGGAAAGGGAUGAAGACACUGAGGGAAGGUACAAAGACCAUGCUGGUCCUGACAGCCUAUAUCUGUAUGACGAUAGUUCCAUUGACUAUAAUGCUGUACCUCAUGUUCCUGGGUUACGGGAUCUUCCUACCCAUUAUGGGCCGGUCAGGCAACCUCAUCACACCGGAGCUGUUUGUCGGCUUCUUGACAUUUAUCGUGGUUGCUUUGGCAACCAAUUACUUGGUGUGCCUGAUCCAUGUUUGCCGUUCCCUGAAGUACACUCAGGCAUUUCUGCUCCUGGUCUUCGCAGCAAGUCUGGCAGCAGUCGUCAGCCGUGUUGCAUUCCCCUACUCUGGUGACCCAGCAAGACCUGCACCAAAGAGGAUCUUGCUGGAGCAUGUAACCAGGACCAAGCACGAUCAGUCCGGCGCUGCUGUGGACCAUGACACUUACUUAUCUGUUUUGCCAUUAGACUACCUGGGUGUCAGACACAUGGAGUCUUACAUCCCAGCCCUCAAAGAUGCUCCCAUUGCAGAGUGUAGGAAGGACAUGCCCUACUGUGGGUAUCCUUACUACCUACCACUGCUGCAUGUCUUUAGACACCAGUGGAUCCUCCCAGGUGGUGAGCCAGACAUAGAUGUGGAGACAACCUUUCACCUCAACUCCCGUGUGAAGAAAGCAGACCAUCAGAAUCUGACGUUCACCGUUUCUGGUCCAAGCCACGUGAACGUGUUUAUCUCCUUGAGGGAAGGGGUGGAGAUGGCACGUUGGUCCUUAAGCAAGGAGAAACCAUUGAAGACACAUGAUGGCACCGGGGGAUGGGUGUACUUUAUCUGCUAUGGGGGAGGGGAGCCCCAAGAUCACUGGCAGUUCUGGUUGGAUCUGAAGGUCCCUGACAGUUUCAGCAACACUGAUCCGGUGGUUGACAUUGGGGUGGCAGGGCUUCACUACACGGACUUCAAGAAGAGCCCAGAGAUCCUAGAGUUUCUUCGGCAAGAACCUGACUGGGUCUACAGCAUCCCCUUCCUGGGGGCCUACGAUUCCUGGAUCUUCUGAAGUCACUCUCUGUUGAUCAGCCUUGCAAACAAAAAUGUCUGAAAAUUAUCCUGUAGUUGUUAAAUUAAGGGAAUUGCUUGUUUUUAUUUAAUGUUUUAUUUUACGGUAGGUACCGUGGCUGAGACUGCUUGCAUGAAGCCAUGCCAAGGUUAGGGGGUUAAUUCUGUAGAGAUACCAGGCUCGUGAUCUUGGCUAAACAUAGGGAUUUUCGCUGAGCAAAAAUGAGAUACAAGCUUAAGUGUCUUGUGGUGCGUAUUGCCCUGUCUAGUUUCUAGCUUAUGUUGGCGUAGUUUGGUAGCUUAAAAGUUACCAACUUAGAAAAAUAGAGCACUGGUUAUGCUAAACAUUGAGUGUUGAUUCAUUUCCCGCUUAAUUCUCUGACCAAUAUUUUCUUAUAUUUUCUGCUUCUUGGCAGCCCUGUAGCUCUCUUUUCCUUGAGAGUAUCCAUAAUAAAGUCCAUUGGUGCUGUUUAAAAUGAUAUCAUUAAAGAAUUUACAUGUAAAAAACUUGUUUUAAGGAUAUCUUCUUGAUGAAAUUAUUAGUUUUAACUUUACUAGCCCUGUAUUUAUGGUGUGUGCUCCUCUGCACUUGCAGGAUAAGUGCAGAGAAAAGUAUCCAUUUUGAUGUUAUUUUGUGCGCAUUGAGAGUUGUACAAUGCAUAGAAAAGCCAAUUUUGGGCAUGGGUGAGGUUUUUUUUUUAAAAUUACUGCAAAGUGUUCUCCUCUAGUUUGUAAUGUAUGUAUGAUCUGUUACAUGCAUCGAGGAGUCCCGGUACCACAGUAACUGUGAUAAAUCAUAGCUGGGCUGACUUGAGUGCUUGCUUGUCAACAUAUCUUGUUGAUUAAGCCCCAGCCAGCUAUAAAGGCUGUUGUCCCAGUUAUCAAUAGCUAUUCGCAUCACCUUUUACAGUGGGGAGCCCGGGCCCACACAUAAGUUUGCCUCCAGAUAGUUCCGUCUUGACUGUCAGAGUGCAGAGGUCAAGUGCCUCAUAAGUCAACUACUUGUAAGCUAUUGGCAGUUCAUAAAAACUGGGUUAAGCAUUUUAAGCCUUGUAUUGUUGAGGCUGUAGACAAGAGGACACCCUUUUCAACACACAUGCUGGAAAGCUAAAGGAGGAAAAUAUAGGUCACGCUGGUAUUCAUGCUGAUCAGUACUGUGAUCAUAGCUGGUACACAGCACCCUACAUUGUUAGUAACCAAACUCAGAUUUUCAAAGUUGUGUUAUACCCUAAAUGGUGCACCAUCCAAUAAGGUUGUAGAUAAUUGAAUUGCUGCAAAAGAUGGUCACUAUAAGUAGCAAUCCUGCUGUAAAUUCUCAAUAUCGAUUUGAUUUGUAGAAUAGGUGCUUGUAGUUUUUUAAAGAGAGAGGCAAUAUUCUAUUGAAAUUUUGAGGCAGAGGAAAUGAUAUGCUCAAUUUAGGUUUUGUUUAGUGCGCUAACCUUACAUACCUAGUGUGGACUUGUGAACAAAAGAUAUCCACACGAUGCAGGAAAGGAAGACGUUC